AGCAUAUUUAUUUAUUUAUUUAUUGUUUUUCCCCACACACACAUUUACAGCUCAGUCAAAAGUAAAUCUCUUGCUGCUGCUCAGAGGGAGUUUGAUCUUUCGGACUUCAUUACCCAAAAUCCCUUUCGGUGACGGCGUUCUGGUCACGUGUGUUUUGUUGGUAAUAAUCUCCAUAGUAACGCAGGAACGCUUGGGUUUUGCUUUGUGCUGUGUGAGCUGCAGCUUAAACACCGGAAAUGGAUCGGAGUUUAAAAGCGACAAGAAACUUGAGAGGAGUCAGAGCUGGAGAGAGACAGAGAGAAAUAAGCGCUCCAUCCCGCGGGCCGCGUCCACGAGAAGUUCCGGUUCUGGAGCUGCACAGACUCAGGGAUGGAGAAGAUGAAGAUCCUGGUGUUGUUCCGGUGGCCGGAAGACCGUCAGCCGUGCUGUCGGCCCUGAGCUGGGGUUCAGCUUCGUCCUCCAGCACACCGCAGGAAUGGGAUGCUGGGAUAGCGGCCACGCUGGAGGGACGUGACUCUUUGCUAGCGUCUCCUCAGCACAGCUACAGAAACCUGACCAUCAGAUCACACAGCAAUCACAAAGCAAACAUGGAACCACCUCAUCUGAGCUCACACACUUUUCCUGAGCUCCAUCACACACAGCCAGACACGAGCCAUGCCCGACCCAGGAAACUGGAAGCCGAGGGUGUGACGAUGGAGAGGAGACGGCAGGCUGUGAUGGAGCAGGUGAUGGUGGACCAGCUCUCCAGAGCCGUCAUCAGCGACCCGGAACAAAACUCUGCAAACUCGGUGAAUAUUUCGGCUCGUCACAAGAGGACGUUACACCACACAAUGGUGAAAACGCCAAAAUCUUUAACAGAGAAACUCCUGUCCUACAAACUCUGCUUUCAUGCCAGGAUUUUAUCACGAUGUGGGCGUGAGGCCUGUCGAGAGCUGACUGGCUUCUACUUCACAUGUGAUCAGACACUAACAGUGUACGAGUACCGCAGUUUUGGGAAGAACAGGUGUAAUGCACUGCCAUUUAUUGUGCGUGGGGUUUAUAGGACUCGAGGGAGACCAUACUGUCUCUCUGACAUCUCACAGGGUGAAAAUCUGCGCUUCAGUACAGACGGACCCCACGUCCCCGAGAACCUGAGACAGCGGCCAUAUCUGACUCUCAGAGUCACUGAUGUGGACGAAGAGGCCAAGAGUUCACUACUAGUCCAGUUUGGAGAAACUGAACAUCAUCCUUCCGAGGAGGAAAUUAAUGAUCGGAAAACUCUAAAGGCGAUUCAAGCGUCUGUACGUGAGAGGUUGAAGGGUCGCGCUAUCCGAACUCUGAUUGGUUUAGGGAGGAGGCUGCAGAGUUUAGACGUGAAGCAGAACGGCAUUGUGGGUAAAGAGCAGCUCGGAGAGUGUCUGAUGGAGGAGCUGAGUCUCAGUCAUCAGGAGGUGGAGGCAGUGUGGAGGGUCGUGGGGCUGCAGAGAGAGUUCAUGGUGGACUACGCUGAGGUGAUGUGCGCUGUGACCGGAGACAUGAACGAGAGCAGAAAAGCUGUGUUUAUAAAGGUUUACAUUAAACUCGACCCCAAUAAAACGGGUUCAGUUUCUCUGACUGAUAUUGAGAAAUUUUACUGCGUUAAUCAGCAGCAGACUGAACACGGAGCAGCAUUAGACUUCCUCACGUGUGUACGGGACGCAGGAAGGGUCACUAAACACGUGUCUUAUGCCGAGUUUCAGGACUAUUAUGAGGGACUGAGUAUCGAAAUCCCCAGUGACCAGGUUUACAUCAACAUCCUGAGGAGCACCUGGAAUAUCUGAGUGUGUGUGUGUGUGUGUGUGUGUGUGAAUACUAUUCUAACAUUAUAAUUACUGUAUUAAAGUAAAAAAAAUGUCUUAUUUUUAUUCUGUUAUUAAAUCUGCUGAGACAUUUGUUUUAAAAAGCUUUUUGAUCAAACGACUCUUCUGUUGCUUGAUGCAGGAAAAGUGAUCUAAAUAAACACAUCAUUUAUGGUA